AUGUCUUUACCAGGAUUCGAAUCAGGAAUAAUUAUAGAUGAACAACAGAUACAAAAACAUAUAAUAACUAUACCAAUAGGUUCUGAGUGGAGAAUUGAAAUUCCAUUCAAGUCAUUUUUCAAAUUUAAAGUAAUAUCAGGUAUUGCUGAAAUUAAUGGUACUGAAUUACCAAACAAUACAGAAUUACAAUUAUCAGGUACAAAAUUGGCAAUUUAUUCACCAAAGACUUCCCAAAUAGGGUAUUUUCUAGUUGAUAAUAAAGAUUCAAUUUACGAUAAUGGAGAUAAUGAAUUUUCAGAAUAUUUAAGUAAUGAAACGAAUAUGUCAUCAAUUAUAAACCUAUCAAUGUUUAUAGAAUCAAGAAGACAAUUAAAUAAAUCGGGACCAAGAAUACUCAUAGUUGGAGGCAAAUUCCUGGGAAAAUCAUCAUUAGCCAAAAUUUUAUCUUCUUAUUCAUUGAAAUUAAAUAAUUCCCCAAUUUUAGUCAAUUUAAAUCCUCGAGAUGGUGUUUUCUCCUUACCGGGUUCACUUACAGCAACUCCAAUUUCUGAUUCCUUUGAUAUUGAAGCAUUUAAUGGGUAUGGAUUAACUACUACUACUGGUACAUCACGUCAAAAUCCAAAACAACCAAUUGUUAAAAAUUAUGGAUUUACAAAUUAUAAAGAUAAUUUAGAUUUGUAUAAAUAUCAAGUUUCUAGAUUGGCAGUAAGUGUACUAUCAAGAUUGGAAAAUGAUCCACUGGUAAAUAAAAGUGGAAUAAUUAUAGAUACUCCACCGAUUAACAAUUUGAAAAAUAAAGAUGAUGUAAGCUUAAUAGAGACAAUUAUUACCGAUUUUCAAAUUGAUAUUGUGGUUGUGAUUGGUAAUGAGAAAUUAACACUUGAUUUAAAAAACAAAUUCAAACAUAAAAAAGACUCAAUUAAUAUAAUUAAAAUUAAUAAAUCUCAAGGUUGUGUUGAAUUAAGUGAUAGGUUUAUAAGAAUGGCUCAAGAACAAAGCAUAAAGGAAUAUUUUCAUGGUACUUAUAAAAAUCGAUUAUCUCCGUUCAAAAUAGAUAUAGAUUUAGAAGGUUUAAAAUUGUACAAAUUUGUAUUGACUAAAGAUUUUUUAAGUACUAUGUCGUUUUUACCUGCUGGUGAUGAAGAAACUGAAAAUACAAAUAAUGAGGAGAAUAUACUUGAUAAAUACUAUCAAAUAUUGGAAGAUCCCUCAAGUUCAAAUUUGGAAAAUUCAUUAAUUACAAUUACUCAUCUUGAAGCUACUAAUAAUUCUCCAGGUAAAGAUUUAUUAGAUACUAGCGUUUUGGGAUUUGUUCAUAUUUCAAAAGUAGAUGACGAGAAGAAAAAGAUUAAAGUGUUGUUACCUUUUCCUGGUGUGUUUCCAAAGAAUAAUUAUUUGAUAUCGACGAAUAUAGGAUAUAGUGAGUAA